AUGUACGCGAGAGCUCUUCCAAUCAGCCAAGUCUUCACGAUUUUCACAGAAAAAAAACGUAAAAGGGAGGACUUCCACGAUGAGCUUCUACCGCCAAAUCCUCCUGGAGUAGAGCCCAUCGGACAUGAGUUUGAGCGGUGGCUAAGAACAAAGCAAGAUAUCCACACGAAACAUCCAAAAGACGACGUGAAUAAUGCCACCAGCUCCCAGAACAAUCAAAAGGCCUCUCCGAAUGAAUAUACGAUCAGCAUGGUAACAAGUACUCGUGACGAAUCGCCAGCAUCGGCCAGCCCUAUCUCUGAGAUACACGAGCCUAGAUCGCCUCGUCGUCAAGACUUUACUGAAAAAGAUUGCCGAUCAUCGGGGAGCAUGUCAGAGAUGUCGAACCCUGCAGCCACCGCUCGGGAUGAGACUAGUGGCUUCGCGACAGGCCGCCAGAAAACCGCAGCCAUGCUGAAAAUAAGUCUGUGGGCCCUCCGAGACUAUGCUAUGGGCAUGAAGAUUUCAGAAGACGGAGAAAUGGGGACAGAGGCUACAGGAGUCACGGGACAAUCUGUAGAUUUCUGGAACAUCAGACCCACAACUGACGGUAUCUCUGUCUUCAGUCAUGGGCUUAUAUAUUCGUUUAUCAAGGGUCAUCUUGUCUUGGCUCAUAUUUUCUUUAUGCUGUGGGUGGCAGGACUUGGACUUGGACUUGCGUUUGUUCAUCUGCCGGGCAUGGUCGGGAAAAGUCUCCUGGACAGCUGGGCAUGUUUUGAUACUGUAGUCAGUCAUGAUCCGAUACUGUCUGUCACGGUAGGCCGUUACAGCAAGAAGCGGAUCCUCUUGCCCUUGUUCAUCCUGUCAAGCCAUGUGCCGCCAAUGGGCCCACAUCAAUCGAUCCAUGUGGGGCCGGUCUAG